CCAUGGACGGAGCCAAACUUCGUUAACUCUCCUCACACCCAAAACUUUUUUCCAGUGUCUUUUACGCACUGACGCUCCCAAAUGCGACAACUUUACGUUCCAUGGAGACGCUACUGUGAUUGGGGACAGUGUUGACUCGGACGGAGGAGUUGGUCGGUUCGGUUUUCGUUUCGCCGUGGUUCGCUCAUGCGUCGGGAAUGCCAUGGCGCACACUCCGAGCGCUCAACAGCAGCAGCACCAGGAUUAUUUCAGAUCCGUGAGCAGCGAGUCCACCACCUACAUGAUGGUCCCUACGGGCGGGCCCCCUCCCAGGCCACGCCGGGAAUCACCGUCCCGAAUGUGGGUGGCGAUGGUCGUGAUCGUGGUGGUAGUCCUGCAGAUCGCCUCCACCACGGGGCUCUUCGUCUACCUGAACAUGUCCAUAUCCCAGGUUCGGAGUCAGGGCGUCACAGAGGAGCUCAAGUGUCUGAGUUUACUCAACGUUUUAGACAAAGACCAAGACAUCCCCGACCAGCUCACCCAGCUCUUCGGGGAGCCAUGCAUCAAACUGGCAGAGGGCAUCAAGGCCUACAUCUCUAAGGUCACAGAAAACAUCGUCUCCAAACAGACUUUUAUAGAGGCGCGGACCUUGCCUCGCACUUUCAACUCCACAGGGUCAAAGUUCGUGACCUCUGUGCCACAGCGGCCCUCGGCUCAUUUGACCCUGAGGGACUCCAGUUCUCCAGGCCCCACCCCCGGCCUGCACCAGUCCUGUCGUCAUGUGGUGCGCUCCUGGGCCAAUCAGAGCUUUGGGUCCCACCUCCACAACAUGAGUCUGACCAAUGGGAAGCUCAAAGUGCCCCAGGACGGACGCUACUACCUGUACUCACAGGUGUACUUCCGAUAUCCGUCUCCAGCCUCCAGUGAAGGCGACCAGCGCAGUGUGAGCCACCAGCUGGUCCAGUGUGUGUACAAGAAGACCUCCUACCCCAGCCCCAUACAGUUGUUGAAAGGCGUGGGGACUAAGUGCUGGGCCCCUGAUGCUGAAUACGCUCUACACUCGGUCUAUCAAGGAGGACUAUUCGAGCUCAGAGCAGGAGAUGAACUCUUUGUGUCAGUUUCCUCACCAAAUAUGGUCAACGCCGAUGACUCUUCCAGCUACUUCGGCGCGUUCCGAUUGGACCUCUAAAAUAAUCCAGGAAUAAUGAUGGAUUUACAAACUACCAAAUGGGAAAUACAGUUUUGAAUUCUGAACAUUUUCUGGAGAUUUUUGGUGAUAUUGGCUGGACCGAUGUUUUUUCGAAAGACGUUUUUAUAAGACUUUAAGGAGGACGACACUGAACAGUUUGAAGCAGUUUUAAUUCCUUGUAAGUUUUUGAUUAAAAAAAACAAAUAAAAAUACAUCAAUUACGUGCAAUCACCUGGAGAAGACUGUGAUGAUUUUUCUCAUUUCUGUUGAAGGAAUUAAAUAUUUUGGACACACGUUUUUGGAGAAUUUUCCAGAAAUUCACAAAUCCAACAUAGUAACUAUUUUCCACUGGUUUUCUUCACCACAGCUGCCUUUUUGGAGUGAAAUGAAAAUGAACUUUUUGAGUAUUUCAGACUUGGGAAUGUAUAUGGAUGAUAGUGAACUUGUGAAAUCUGCAAGGAGACCAAAGCAAAAAACCAAAAUGUGGAAUCUAACUUGUGCCAUGAACGUGCUGUACAAAAACUUUCUAAUAAUUAAUAUGUAUUUGAUCUCAUUGAUUGUGACCACUCGGACGCUUUGUACAAAUGACUUAAGAUGUGGAUUUAAAGAGUGGGUUGUAUUUUUGUUGUGGAUUUUGUUGAAACACGGAGGAGCAGGAAACGAGGGGAGAGGGAGGAGAGGAGGAGGAGAGGAGGAGAGCAGGUGUGCGCUUCUCAAUGUCAUUCAAUAGGGUGUGUUCAGAAUUUGAGGACAACAUAAGAAAUGCAGAUGGAUUGCAGGGGCCUAUGUAAUGUAACUCUGUAGUAGCUUCAUAGCGUUUGAAAGAACUGUCCAAAUUUAAGAUCCACAGAUGUUGAACUUAAUCAUCUUGAUCAUUAUGUUGUAAAAAAUUUUGUUUACAAACCAUAGACUGUGUAAAUAAAUGAACUACGGGAGUGUGAUGUCACCCAUAGCAUUCAGCUGCAGUCAAAUGAAGCUUAUUGAGGCUGCCAGUUAUAACAGCGAAUUUGGUGUUGAGUUCCAUAUUUGGAAUUCUGACCAGAAGGAUCACUUCCUACUUGCAACGUGGCGGUCAAGUCAAGUCAGUCUAUGCCACAAUAUUAAGCGUAAUAUUAAGUGUAUGGAUUAAAGUCUUUUCAUCUAAUAACAAUCACGUCUUUAGGGUUGAAAAAUGGCACCACUUUCUGAGGUGGGGUCAGUCCUGUGUUCCCACAACCCUCUGUUCCAUCAUUUCUAAGAUUUUUUUUAUUUAGAAGAUUUUUCUCAAAAUUAAACUCUAAUUCAGGUCAUUUUUUAUUUUUAUUUUAUGGGAUGAUUCCGAGUCAUUUCAAACUAGGGUCCUUUGCACCAUGACCUCUGCAUUACAUCUGUAGUCAACUGCUGCUGGAUAAUAGAUUGGGUGUAAUGGACUAACAAAUUAGAAGAAAUGGGGAUCAAAUUUGAUGCAAAUUGAUGAUAGGAAGGAAAUGAAAUGCAGGAACAUAUGGCCUAAUUUUUUGGGGGGAAAAAAAUAAAAUAAAAUUUAGAAAUGAGGGAACAUAAAGCUGAAGGAACAUAAGGCUGUGGUAUUAUAGGCUCGCCCCCUAAGAGGCUAAAGUGAAAAUAUAAUUCCACAAGAAGAAGUUGAACUUUUUGCCAGUUUUUGUUUCAUGUGGAUAGGCCCAGUAAUUACAGAAAUCUUAAUCAUGAACCAGGUCAACAAGUCUGCUAGCCUACUGACCCAUAAGUGAGUCAAGAAUGGACAAUGUCACGCGAUCUCAUCACAAUUUUAUUUAUACCACCCAUCCCAACCUGGGUGAAUUCCACUUUUUAAUUUUGAAAACCUGGUCACCCUAAGAAAAAUGAAACUACCAUGAAACAGCCACAAUAAACAGUAUUUACUCUCACUUGUUGUUUACUAAAAGAGUUGCUCAAACCUGCCUCCUCCUUCUCUUCUUCUGGUGUCUGUCACACUUUUGUUUAGGUUAAAUAUUUCUGUCUGUUUUUCCGGUUAAACCUGUGAAGUCACGUUCCGUUUAAAUCACCAUAAGUCACGCUAACAUGCUAACAUGCUAACCAGCUAAUCCGCUAACACAACAAAGUGACAGACUCUGGAUUUAAGGCUAGCUCUACACCGCUAGAGCUAAUCAUUUAGACACUACAAGAAAGCGUUGUUAAUGUUAUUGCUGUGAUUUUGUUUCUGAAUGUAAGUGUAAAUGAAAAAAUGUUGAGAUGUUUUUAUAUAUAAAACCACUAAAUUUCUGUUUUUAAAUUUGGAUUUGUACAUUUAUUUGCGAUUUUGGUGCUUGAGAAGUUGAGUUUGAUGGUACCUUGAAAGUUCUUUUUGUAUUGAAAGAUAAUUAUGUUUUGCUUUUUUUUUUUUUUUUUUAUUAAAAUGGAUAAUAAAAAAAAAACUUAAAAAAAAAAAAAAAAGUACACUAUGUAACUUGCAGAUUUGAUUGCUUUACCUGCAAUGUUACACAGUAUGGCAUUACAUUUAUUUGUCUUGCAUUUAUUCAGUUACAGGUGUUUUUAUUGUGAGCCGGGUCACUUCUCCAAAGAUCUGACCUGUAACUUGUCUCCAUUAGAUAAGUUUAAUGCCAUACUGUGGGACACUCUGGGCAAAGCAAUAAUAUCUAGACAGACGUAAAAGUUACAUAGUGAAGCUUUAAAUUGUUUGGAAUAAAAUAGUCAGGGUCUUUUAUGCAAGAAAUGUUUAAUUAAAAUAGACGCUUUACACAGCAACAAUGUACAAUACAGUUUUGUUUUAAUGAAAUGAAAUUACCACUAAAUGCAGCGAGCAGAGUGAACACAGGCUGUGUAUGAAGACUACGCUGUGAAAAAAUGAAGGCAAACAUGUAUGAAAUAAAAAAUAUGCAGAAAUAUUUGUUAAUUUAUUGUAGGGUUGUUUAAAGUAUUGAAAAUCAGAUACCAAUCGAUACUAAAACUAGUACUGAAAGUAGAUGGUAAUAGAAAAGAAAUUAUUACGAUUUAAUGUUGAAAAUAACAUUCAAUUUUUUUUCUUUUUAUUAUCAUUAUGGUAUCAGAAGUGUAUUGUGAAUUGAGUCUAUUCCUUGGUAUCAAAAUUGAGUUUGAAAUUUUAGUAUUGUGACACUAAUUUAUUCAUAAGUUAACUAUAUGUUUAGGUCACAGGUCAGCAGUAGUAGUAGUAGUAGAAGUAGUAGUAUGCCUUCAAUUUUUUCACAGCUAACCUUUGUAUCCCUGUCUGUGUUGAUAAAGUGUUGGUUUGUCUUGAUUCUGUGAGCACCUAAACUUUGUAAUAAAAUGU